AUGAAGGAAGUAGAUCCCAGUGCAGACAUAAGUAAAGUGCAAAAGAAAAUUAACAACCUGCGUACUGUUUUCCGUAAGGAACUUAAAAAAGUGGAGUCUUCUCGUGCAUCGGGAAGUGGUACUGACAACAUUUAUGUACCAAAGUUGUGGUACUAUGAGAAAUUGUUUUUAAAAGAUCAAGAGCAGCCAUAUGGAGCGACAAGUAGUUCAAUAGAUUCACAAUCUGAUGACGACAGUAUUGAAAGCACCAGAGAUGAAGUCGCUUCACCAACAUCAGAUAUCGUAUCAGUUGAAAGGUUUAGUGAGCCUCAAUAA